AGCCUAACCGAAACCCCCAAGUUUAGCCGUGCGAUGCGAGUGCGUAAGCGUAACUCCUCCCUCCUCCUCCUCCCACGUCCCCCGCACCUUUCCCCCCAACCCGCAGCCCAAACAAGAGGGAAUCGACCAAUCAAUCCAUCAAUCAAUCAACCGAUCCGACCCAUGCCCCCAUCCGUCGCCACCCACGCAUCCCUCCUCCUCAAAGCCGCCGCCGCAGCCGCGCACCUCCACCCCAAGCCCUUCUUCUCCCCACGCGCGGCGCCGCCGCGGAUCCCGUCUGCCCCCGCGCCGCCGGCCGCAGGAGGCAGCCGCUACCGUCCGACGACGACGACGACGGCGGCGGCGACGGCGACCAGCGCCACCGCCGCGUGCCGCUGGUUCCGGUGGCCCCCGCCCGCGCAGGCGCCCGUGAGGGGUCUGUGCUCCUUGCCGCAUUCUGGCGGUGGCGGUGGUGGUGGUGAGGGUAUGGGAUCUGAAGGGGUCGGGAGGAGGAGGCGGGUGGUGGCGCCUGCGGUGAACGGGGUGGCGAAGGACGGGGCGCCACAGCCGCCUCCGCCCAAGCUGCUCACGCUGCCCACCGUGCUCACCAUUGGCCGCGUCGCCGCCGUGCCGCUCCUGAUAAGCACUUUCUACAUGGAGGGGCCUUGGGCAGCAACUGCGACAACUGGCAUCUUCCUUGCUGCUGCAGUCACUGAUUGGCUAGAUGGUUAUAUUGCGAGAAAGAUGCAGUUAGGAACACCUUUUGGUGCAUUUCUUGAUCCUGUGGCUGACAAGCUUAUGGUAGCUGCAACAUUAGUGUUGCUGUGCACCAAACCUUUGGAAAUUUCACUGCUCAGAGAUGGGCCAUGGCUUCUAACGGUUCCUGCCAUUGCUAUUAUUGGGAGAGAGAUCACAAUGUCAGCUGUGAGAGAAUGGGCUGCGUCUCAGAAUACCAAAGUUCUUGAGGCUGUGGCAGUUAACAAUUUGGGGAAGUGGAAGACCGCAACGCAGAUGACAGCAUUGACUAUCCUCCUUGCGAGCAGAGACAAAAGUCUUCCUGCACAAGAUGCUCUGGUUACUUCCGGCAUCGCAUUGCUUUAUGUAUCAGCUGGACUUGCCAUAUGGUCCCUAGUGGUGUACAUGAGAAAGAUAUGGCGGAUACUUCUAAAAUAGCCGUAGCACAUAGUGUAAUAGAAGGAACAGGAGCAAGCCAGCAAGGUGAUAUUACAUUUCAAGAGCAUACAAUUUUUGAACUGCGGAGUUGAUUGAUGGACCUAGAAUUGGUUGAGAUCCUCAGCUACUUACGCAUUGUCUCAGUUUGGCGGAUUAGUUGCUAAGUUGCUGUGCCUGCAAGAUCUCCGUAGAAACAAAAAACAUAGUAGCAAGUAGUAUGUUGCCCGGGUGAUUACUUCUUCGAAAGCUAUUUUCAGAGCCUAUCACGGCUCGAGUGUUGGACACUGGGUGUAAUGAUCUGCAAAACUGAAAAAUGCAGAAGAUUGUAACCGUAUACGAAUACAAAACCAUGAGGUUUGAGUGUGUGACUCUGGGGUUUCUAUAGUUUCUACCAUUGUAAGUUUACCCAUAUGAUAUGUCAGAAGCGAACAUUAUUCUUUGGACAA